UGUAUCUUCAGAAUACAUCUUGUUACUGUAAUUUAAUAGUUUAUUUAAUAUAUUAUAAAAAAAUUGAUGCGAUAAAACAACAACGAUGAAUGACAAAUGCCUAAAGAUAUGUCUCAUUUCUUUCAAUGUAAUAUGCCUGUUUGCUGGACUCAUCAUGUUCGUUGGUGGAUUGCUUUUGCAAUUCAACGAUACGGUACAAAAUGUUUUGAAAGCCAUGGCUAUUAAUACAUCGGCUACCACACUGGUGUGUUGGGGGUUGUGAUGCUCAUCGUAGGUGGACUGAUUAUGCUCGUCUCUUUUGUUGGAUGCUGUGGAGCAAUAUCAGAAAGCAAAUGCAUGAUGGGAUUGUAUUGCGUAUUCCUCAUUCUUCUUCUGCUCGGCCAAAUUGCGAUUGGUGCUCUUGGAAUUUAUUAUGGAAAACAGGAGGUCGAGGCUUCUUUUGAAGAACAUUUCAUGAAAAUUAUUAAAAGAGAGGCUGGAACCGAUAUGGAUGUUGUCAAUUCAGUACAAGAAUUUUUCGAGUGCUGUGGAUAUAAUGGUCCUGGCGACUACAGUCCAAGAAGUCAGCCAGUUACAACCACAAGCGCAAGCACAACAAUAAUUUCUUCCAGCAUAGCUUCAGUGAACAACACAAUUGUCACCGUGGGUGUUCUCGAAAAAACCCAAGUUCCAAUAGCAAUGGCUACCACUAUUGUUCUACCAGCGGUGACAUCCAGCAACGUCAAUGAUUCUACUGCGUCGUUUGUCUCAUCCACAACUGCCACUACAACAGAAGUCAUGGCAACUACAAAUGCAUCAACAACUCACUACAGAGGUGGGUGGACUAAAACUUGCUGCGUGAAAUCGGGAUCAGGAUAUAAGAAUGAAACUGUAUGCAAGGAUGCAAGCAUGACAAUAGAACAACUUGAACAGUAUUUGUAUGAAACGGGUUGCAAAGAUAGAAUCGACCAAUUCAUUGAUAGAUGGGCAGUGAUCAUAGGAGCAACUGCAAUCGGAUUUGCAAUUCUUCAAAUUGUUGCCAUAAUUGCUGGAUGCAUGCUCUACAAAUCAUUGGACUGAAACCUGAAUGACUGAAAUAGAAUAUUCGAAGCAAUUUUUAUAAAGAAUCAAACUGGUGUCUAACACCAGAAAUGGAUGCCUGCACAAGACAAUAUUUCUACUAAAUAAACUGUGACUGAUAUGUAUUUUUUAUCAUUAGUAAACAAUUGUAAUCACUCGUAGACUUAUUCGCAUUUUUCGUUUUCUAGUAGCAACCAAUUACAACAUGUUAAAAGCAUUUUUUUUCUGUUCAAAAAAGUCAAUUUCACGAUUACACACUAAAUUUCAACGCAGUCGGGAUUAUGUCAAUUUUGUUAAAAUCAUUUUAUACCGUGUUUCCCCGAAAAUAUGACCGGGUCUCAUUUCAAUUUCUUUUAAUAACACUAAAGCUUGUUUGUGCGGAUUUCUUUUAUUUUUAUUUAUCGAAAACAAAAUUGCAAAGUAGAAAAUGACGAGAUUUUCAAAUAUACGAAAUCUGAAAACCGACUUUGCGCUAUCGACUAGAUCUUUCUUAUUUUAGGGCGAGCGCUUAUAUUAAAAUCAUUAUUAAAACUCAGGCUAGGUCUUAUUUGCAGGGAAACACGGUAGUUUAGAUUUGAACAUACGCUGUUAAUAAAAACAAACAUUUGUUGUCGCAGGAAACCGAAAAAAAUCAUUGAAAAUCUUGAAUUACAACUUCUAUUAUGCUUUCUCGAAUUGGCGAAUUCCCAACUUUGGAGUUUUAUUUUAGCUGCUUCAGUAACCUAUCAGAAUUUUAAUGAAAAUGCCAUAAUAAUUUUUUUAUUGCAUAAUUAAAUAUUUAUGUGUGACUUCUUCACUUCCUUCGAGUGCUUGAUAUUUAGCUUUAAGUAAACUUGUAUAAAAUGUAAACAAUAUCAUUACAAUGUAUGUAUUUGAGUUUCGUACCUUUACAAUUUAUUAUUGAUUUAUACCAAUAAUCACAUGGAAAUGCUUUACAUUAAACAUUGUGUAAAAGAUGCUGUCGUAAUACUUAAAUAAUCAAAAAAUUAGCUGAAAGAAAACAAUUGAAUUUUGGCCUGUAAGAGUAAGUACAAAUAACCAUAGCUACUUUCAUAGUUGCAUUUUGUCUUUUUCUUCUGAGGGUGUGAUUAAUUGUUUUGUUUAGUUCCCAAAUCAAAGUCAAUAUAGAUAUUAAAUAUCAAAUUUUACAAAUAUGCAUAUUAAAAUUAUCCUACAUUAGCUCAUAAUGAAGUAUCUUUGAAUAGAAUUUGUUUUCUCUGCCAAACAAUAUUUAUAUUGUAUAUAAGGUUCUGUAUUUUACAAUAUCAAUUUUCUAUGAUACGAGGCAUAUAUUCAGCAUUGUUGAUGAAAUGUUGAUGCUGUUGAAAUGCAAUUGUUUGUCAAUAAAGAAUAAAGUUCAAAAACUGCA